AUGCCUUCCCUUGCACCUCUCCCGCAGCGGCGACAGCGUGCUGAUGCUCCGGAAUCCGACAGCAAUAGUCCCAAUAGUGAUAGGGCUUCGCGAAUCUCGCGAGACGGCACUCCCUUUUCCCAAGUGUCUAACGGUAGUAAACGUAUCCGCCUUGCAGGACCUAAUGAUCACGAAAAUGACAAAAGCGACGCGAAUGGUACGUCGGAAGAUGAUAGUGAUGACAUAUCUUCCGGGGCAAACGGAAUGGCAACGUCCACCAACACGCUCCGUCCUCCCUCUGUCAAGACUGUGCGCGGCUCUCGUGCGAACCGGAGCGCGGGCGGCAGACAGGAAAGCUUCCACGGGAAUGGGCCGAAUCCCGAACAUCGACCUGGGUCGAUUGUGAGAGUGAAACUUAGGGAUUUUGUUACAUAUACCUCUGCAGAGUUCUUCCCCGGACCGAGACUCAAUAUGGUCAUUGGACCCAAUGGAACAGGGAAGAGUACUCUAGUGUGUGCGAUUUGUCUAGGACUUGGAUGGGGCCCACAGCAUCUCGGAAGAGCGAAGGACCCAGCUGAAUUUGUUAAACAUGGCUGUGAAGAAGCCACUAUUGAAAUUGAGCUAGCUAAAGGAAGAAAUCAUCGUGAAAAUCCAGUCAUCCGCAGGACCAUCGUAAGGAAGGGUAACAAAAGCACGUUUACGAUCAAUGGGAAGCCCUCGUCGAAAGCAUCUGUCCUUGAGCUUGCUAAGUCAUUUUCUAUCCAAAUCGACAACCUCUGCCAGUUUUUGCCCCAAGACAAGGUAGCUGAGUUCGCAGCGCUUUCGCCAAUUGAAUUAUUACACUCAACCCAGCGAGCAGCAGCUGGCCCCCAAAUGCUACAAUGGCAUGAAGAUUUGAAAUCCCUACGUGCUGAACAGAAGAAAUUGCUGGCUGCUAACGCCGGCGAACGCGAACAAUUGGCAAAUUUGGUAAAUCGCCAGGAAAUGCAACGGGAAGACGUGCAGAGAAUGCUUCAGCGUGCUCGGAUACAGAAAAAGAUUGCCGUGCUGGAGCGCUCCCGGCCAGUGCCAAGGUAUCAAGAGGCUGUCCAAGCUCUUAAAGAGGCGCAACGGGCACGACGGACUCUUCAACAAGAGCAUGAAAAUCUAGAAAACCAGCUAGCCCCUGCUCUCAAGUCGGUUAAUAAAAAAGAGAAAUAUUUUCAGGAACUCCAAACUGUUGUUACGCAGAAACGAGAAUUGGCUGCUGCACAAGAGGGAUUGGUGGCGGACGGUGCCUUAAAACUUGAAAAGACACAGGAGGAUAUUAAAGACUUGGAUGUGCAAAUCGAAGCAGAGAAAAAGGGUGCGUUAACACAUAGGGAUAAUUUGAAAAGGUCUCAGCAGAUCAUUAACAAACUCACGCGACAAAUAAAGGAGGAGCCGGUUGAAUAUGAUGCCGCUGCCUAUACCGAGAAAAUUCGGGAGAGCGUGCGUCAUAUUAGGGCUAUCGAGGAGGAGAUGAGAAAUGUCCACGACGCCAAAAAUAAAGCCUCUAGGGACUGCGAUCUUGCGACUCAGAAAAUUGCGAGAGAAAAUGAACGUCUGGAGAAUCUAAACUCUGAGAGUGGACGACAGGAGGAGAAGCUCAAAAAUUUGUCUGCAGACACUGCCAAAGCAUGGGCAUGGAUAAAAGCAAAUCGAACAGAGUUCCAAAGCACGGUCUUUGGCCCACCACUUGUAGAAUGCUCUAUAAAGGAUCCUGCAUACGCAAACGCGAUGGAAUCGCUAUUCCAAAGGACUGACCUGUUGACCUUCACAGUUCAGUCUCGACCUGAUUUUAGGACGCUACAGCGAGUAUUUAACGAAUUAAGACUUCAUGAUAUUAGUUUGAAGGUUUCUACUACUACACUAUCUGAGCUCCAAGCUCCAAUAACAGACGAGGAACUUCACUCUUUGGGAUUCGACUGUUGGGCUAAAGAUUUAUUAUCCGGUCCCGAGCCUGUCGUGGCCAUGCUCUGCAGCGAAAACAGAUUGAACCGGACGCCUAUAGCUCGUCGAGAUAUCACCGACGAUGAGUAUACAAGGAUGACAAACAGCCCAAUUAGUAGCUGGGUGACCGGUCGUCAGUCAUAUCAGGUUACCCGCAGACGCGAAUACGGACCAAGCGCCAUUUCGACUCGAGUUCGGCAGCUUAAGCCUGCCCAAUUUUGGACGAACCAGCCCGCCGAUCUCUCCGCCAGAAGCAUCAUAGAGAAUAAGAUAAAGGAAUUGCAAAAGGAAGUGGAUACCUUCCAAGGAGUGUUUGAUGAGCACAAGGAUGCCCUGGCAACUUUAAGAAGACGACACCAAGAUGCACAGGAACGAAAGAAUUAUGUCGAUGAAUUCCAACAUUUGAUUGAGGAUCUUGCUUUAGCGGAAGUUAAUCUCCUUGAAGCUGUAUCCGACCUUGACACCCUACAGGAGAGGAACUCGGAAGUAAACCAAAUGCUCGAGAGUAAAAAGGCAGAAGUCGAGGAUGCUAUAAAGGGAUGUAGCAAAUUGAAGGAGCGGGUGGACAAGUGCCGUCAUGAUUUUAAAGAAUUUGUAGACUACGUCAGUGCCGACCCAGACAUGCAGACGGGUGAAAUAAAGGAGCUUGUCGAAGCAAUCAAGAGCUACACCAUUGAUCAGCUCGAGGCCGACAUUGACUCUGAAAGAGCUGCUCUCGAACUUGCUGGUGAAGGUAAUAGCAACGUGAUUAAAGAGUUUGAACUGCGCCAGGAGCGCAUCGACAAACUCAAAGAACACCUUACUGAGUUCCAGCAAAACCUCAAUGAGCUAGACGAAGCAAUCGCUGAAGUUCGAGGCCAGUGGGAACCUAGACUUGAAAACCUCGUGAAAAGAAUCAGCGAUGCCUUUGCCGAUUCCUUCUCCCGCAUCGGCUGCGCAGGGCAGGUGAGCAUCGACAAGGCGGAAGAUGUCACGCCAGAACACGAGAACGUUGCGCUUAGCGCUACUCAGACCGAUAACGGCAACGGCGGUACGAAUCGCACAAAUGACUUCGAUCAGUGGUCCAUCCGCAUCCAAGUGAGGUUCCGCGAAAACGAAAACUUCUCCGUCCUGGACGCGCAUAGGCAAUCUGGUGGGGAGCGGGCAGUCAGCACGAUCUUCUACCUCAUGGCCCUACAGUCGCUUUCAGCCUCGCCGUUCCGUGUCGUGGAUGAAAUCAACCAGGGCAUGGACCCGCGAAACGAGCGGAUGGUGCAUGAGCGCAUGGUAGAUAUUGCAUGUGCUUCGGGUGAGAGUGGAGAUGGCGGGGGCCAGUAUUUCCUCAUCACGCCCAAGCUGCUUAGUGGGCUGAAGUAUAAGAGGGGGAUGAAGGUGUUAUGUAUCGUUAGUGGGGAGUAUGUGCCAGAGAAUUAUCAGCAGAUGGAUUUUGGAAAAUGUGUUUUGAGGAUGAAAGAUGUCUUGAAGGCGAGAGGCAAGGGGAAGGGGAGGGAGAUUGGUGGCGGGGUGGAGGGGAUUGACAUUGGGGCGUGA